AUGGGGAGUCUCUCUCACGCGCUCGACGGCCACAACCCCAUGCAACCACUGCGGUCGACGUCACCAUCAUCAUCAUCAUCAUCAUCACCUUCCAGCGGAGCAGCAGCCUACGUCAACAAGGUGAUACCUCUCGAGACCACGUUCACUCUCAGUGUGGGCGUGGCAUUUUUCAUCUAUGCGAAGCUGUUGCUGGCCGAGUUGCGCCUUCACUGCGCCGCCGCCCACAAGGACCCAUUCUCCGCUGCGCAGUACUUCAAUCCAGACUACUUCGGCUACGCCGCGGCGUUUCUCUUCAACGCUCUGCUGCCGAGGAAAGGCCCGACCGACGACCAACUCCUCAGCCAACUCUCCCGCUUCGUUGCCGAGCACAAUCACCACCAUGGCGCUAGUUCGUCAAGUGAACCGACGCGGCUCGACGUGGCAGAAUUCAACCGGUUCUACGUUCGACAUGUGUCUGUGCCAUCGCUCUACUUGCCGGUCGAUCCGCUGGAAGCGCUGGGCAGGUCGAUUGGCAGCGCCGUCCUCGAGCGGCUCGACGUCUACUCCCUCAUUCGCGCCGGCCAGGUGUGCCGAGCGUGGAGGGAAUUGAGUCUGCAGGACCGCUUAUGGGCUAAUGACUACUACCGCCAGCCGCCACUGCGCCAGACCAGCGCCAGCGCAACCUUGCGCCACUACCAGCCCAGCACCCACCGGGGCCGCGCCUUCCGCGACAUCUGCUAUUCGAUCUACCUCGAC